AUCGAUAGAGAAGUGUUCUGAUAACAGUGAAAACGGUUUUACUAAAUACAAAAGAUAUUGUUUGUUGUAGUUAUACUAAAGUUGCUAUUAGAAUUGUUGGCUAAUUGUGGCUUUCAAAUGUAAUACUCGUACUUAUCGCCUAGAAUUAACUAUUGUUGUUAAAAGCACAGCUGCCACCUUUGAAAUCGACCAAUUGAGGUGCUGAUAGGCAGUAUAAGUGACCGUAUAGACGUGGAAGUACUGACGGAAGGCAUCGGCGAUUUCUCAGAAUAUAAGUCACAGUAAUUAGAAUUCAUAGCAUAAAUAAUUAAUUGCAUAUUAUUGUUGGAAGUCAAUAAUAAUUAAAUAUGUCCAUGGAUGUGGAUGCGGAGAGAACCAAGCUGGCGCCGGCAUUCGAUGAUGUCGAUUUCAGCAGCGGUUUCGAGACGCAAUACCUGAAGGAAUAUCGCCCUUCGAAGGUGGUGCGCCCGGCACCGCCCGAUCCAAGUUUGGCUUGGUAUCGUGAUACUGCAACAGUGAUGGUGGUUUGCUUUCUCUUCGUAGUGCUCAUGACCGGUUCUGUGACUCUGAUUCAUUCUAUUUUCUCGGCUGAUCCCACAACCGUAGUGCUGAUAUUGUUGGGCUAUUUCGCGGUGGCACUCUUUAUUAUUUGGUUAGAAGUGUUCAGCAAGAAUUUGCGUUGAAUACUAAAUUCAUAAAACUGGAGGAAUUUAUAAAGGAAUGCUACGUGAAACAAAUUACCAAGUGCUAAAUUAUGUAAACACGAAAUAUAAGUGUAUAUAUGUAUACAAGUAUAUAUAUAAUUGAUUAAUAUGGCCUUAUAAUACUACAUGGAUAUGAUGAAAAAUUAAAGUUUUAAUUACAUUGAAAAAGA